UCGGUAAUCAACUAUGUAAUCACUCAGGUAUCCUAAGGAAAAAUUCCAGCUGGUGCUGGGGUUGUAUAGUGUAUGAAGAGUGUUGUUCAACAUAUUACAUAGCUCAUGAUUUGGUCAUCUAGAAGAUAUUGAUAUAACAAGACAAAAUGGCAGCAGACUGGGGAAGAAAGGCUGCUAGUAAAAUUGACAGGACUCAGUUCAGUAAGGAUGAACUACUGAAAUCUUUGGGAAAUCAGUUUAAUGUUGACUUUACCGACUAUGAUCAGUGGACCAGAAAAAACAAACCUGUGACACGCCCUCCUCCUCCUCCUAAAGGAGGCAAAUCUGUAUCUAUUCGCCGCACUGCUAAGUCAGCUGACAGUUGUCAGCAUGGUACUGGACCUGGUAGGGGUGGUCAUAUACCAACACUAAAGGAGAAAAAACAGGCAGCUCAGAAAAAAUCACUAGACAAGGAACGAGUGGAGAGAGUAAAGAUCAUUGAGCUGAGAAUAAGAACAAGAAAAAAGACUCUUGAGGAAUACCAGAAGCGAUACCAUGAAUUACUUGAGGAGAAUAUAAAGUUGAAAGCAGAUAUAGAUGAAGAUGAAAUGCACACAAUGAGCCAUGUGAAAGGUUUGCUGCGGCGAUAUGAAAAAUACAGGGGUGGAAUCACAACAAUAAACACAAACUUUGGAACAGAGUUUGAAAAUGCACAAGGUGAACUAGAUGCAACAAAAGCUUUGACAAAGAACAAGCUUGGAUCAUUAGAAAAGCAAGUGUCAGAAUUAGAUGAAUAUCUGAAGCAGAAACAGGAAGAGCUACACAUCUUGAUGAACUAUAAAGAUAAAGAAUAUCCUGUGAAAGCUAUGAAGAUAGCUACAUUACAGAAGGAUAUACAAAACUUAAAAAUAUCAUGUCAGGAAGAUCAAGAAGACUUAGAACAUAUAAUAUACACAGAACUGUCGAAGUAUGAAAAAGAGAGAAAUAAAAAUAUAAACGAAACAACAAAGGAAAUGACAGAGACAGCAAUAUCAAUGAUGCACCCCAGUUUGAAGGACAUGGCUUUACAGAAUAUGGUGAUGAAAAAGGAGAUAGAGAUGAACAAACAAGUACAAGAGGACUUACUUCAUGAUAAUCAACUUCUUGAGGCUGAAGUAGAACGACUCCUCAAAGAUCCAAAAACCAAUACAAGACUCCAGAUGUUCCCAGAAUUCUUCCCUACUCGAGAAAAGUGUACCCCAGACAUGGAUGUAAUUCUUGACAUACCCACACAAGAAUGGCUUCCUAUAUAGUCCCUGCUGUGUGAUGGAUUGGAAAGUCUGGUCUACUGGUUACAGGAGAUUUUUCUGAUGAUCAGCAAGCUUGCACAAAACUUCACUGCUGCCAAUGCAGUUAAAUGUGGAAUACAAUUAUGAACAAUUGUGAUUUAUGUUCAUGAUAAAAGGUUGAGGGAUAUAGAUGUAUUACAUGAACAUAUUCUUUAAAAUGUUGACAUUGACAUACUUGCCAUGUCCUCAUAUUUUGGAUGGAGAUUGCUGAAUUUUCAAAAUAAUUCUUGACACUCAAUAUUAGCAAAAUCCUCUUCAUCACUGAUAUACAAUGAAUUCAUAGCAUACAUGUAUCUUUGGGUUUUAUUAUUAGGUUCAACAUUUUAAAUCAUUCCCAUUUUUGUUAUACUGUUAUCUUUAUCCUGAUUUGCAAUGUAUGCCAAACUGUGACCAUCUGACAUAAUGGAUAAAAAAGUCCAGUUAAAAUAUUGGUGAGUAAAGGAAAAGAAGAAAUAAAUAUUUAAUAUUCUUUUUGGUCUGGCAAUCCCUAGAAAUGUUUCACACACACUAUGUUUAAUAGUGUAGCAUAUCAGCAACAUGUUCAGGGGAACUUAUGGUCUGUUCUCAUUCAAAGCAUUAAGUUUUCAGCACUGGUAAUAUUAAAUCUAGCUGUUGAAAAUUUUACUUUAAAUGUUUAUUUUUCAGACACUUAUCUAACCUGUAGCAUUAGCUGAUUAGCAAGUUUCUUAACACGCAGCAGUCAUAUAAAUUCUCUUCAGACUUCAAAGAUACUGUACUAUUAAAUACAUACUGAUAUCUCUUUAUACAUGUAUACAUUACAACAUUCUAUUAAAUCGCACAUAAUUUUUCUUUUGGAUUUCCUUCUACCUGAUAUUUCCCUGUACAAAAAUGACUUUGGGGAAUUAACUGUACUAAUUUCCCUCUGUUUCACUUCCAUGGUGUAAAAAGGAGCACGAGACUUGUUCUACAGCAUGUAGCAUUGAAUGACUGAGAGAGAACUGUAUGAUGUGAAUAAAAAUAUUUGCAAGUAAA